AUGGGAUGUGUGAACAAAGAAAGUGGGGGCCAAAAACAGAUAGAAGAUACAUGGACUAAAGACUUCCGAGAUGAAGAGCAGAAGAAGUCUUUUCACAAAGACGACAUGAAUGUAGAAAUGGAAGAUAUAAAAGGAUAUGAUAAGAAGGCUUUUGAUGUAGAAGAAUUAAGGCAUGGAGGGGAAGACCCUUGUAAUUCUUCUUUACAGAGUCUUAAUGAAACAAAUAAUUACACCACAAACGCACAAAUAUCUCAAAAUCUAGAUAGAUUCAAUGAUAGAAAAGGGAAGUACCAGGAAUUGAUUUCAGAGUAUGGAUCGAUGGAGAUGCCCAAGAUUGCAAAAGAACUUAAAAGAAAAGCAAAGCAAAGAAUAUGCUCCAACUGUGCAACUACAAGCACUCCAUCGUGGAGAAGAGGAGACCAAGGGAAAUCGCUCUUAUGCAAUGCAUGCGGGCUUUAUCAGAAGCUUCACGGCAGGACAAGACCAUACACCAUUACUGCUGGAGGAAGAACAAAAGCCUUAAAGGGUGGUCAUGAAAGGAUUGUAUGUGUAUCCUGUAAUAUCUCCUUUUUUACUUCGGAGUCCAAGAACACGCCUGGCUAUCUCUGUGAUGGGUGCUUAUCGUAUGCUAAAAGUAGGAGAGGACACCCUAGAAGUAACGAAGAAAGAGAUUGCCAAAGCGAGUUUAAUGAGAAAAUACUUUCCAAUAGAUAUUCUAGAUUCUAUACUAGGGAGAUUCCCGAUCAGUAUAAUGUUCCAUAUCACUACGUAGAGAAGGGAGAAAUAGACAACGGGUUUAGAAGUUACUCCUCUGCAUCCAUUGUCUAUCCCCAAUCCUAUGGAUAUUACUACUUAAACGAAAAGCAUCACACACCGCCCCGAUUUGGAGAGUAUGAAGCUCCUUUUCCCAAAAAAGGCCUGGAUUCCGGGUUCAAGAGUGCUUAUCCUGGGGAGAUGAUCGGCGAGAGUGAUAAUGGAAUGGAUUCCUGUGAUCCUAAUGUAAAUACCCCGGCUGGCAUAUGA